UAAACUGUGUAACACGUGGGACUUCAGCGCUUUUUUUUUUUUGUAAAAUAAAUAAAAGGUCGAAGUUAUAUUUCUAACAACCGUAGCCAUGAGAUUAUAUCAGGCGCUUUUUAAUGUCGACAAGUUCAGGACUUUUUUUGACUUUGGCGGACGAGAAGUGGCUCACUGGUUUCCAGGACACAUGGCUAAAGGACUCAAACAGAUGACCGCCAGACUGAAAAAUGUCGACUGUGUCAUAGAAAUACAUGAUGCCAGAAUAUCCUUUUAGCAAAUCCCUUUCUCUGGGAGAAACCCUGUCUUUCAGGAUGCAUUAAAUGCCAGACCACAUCUGCUUGUUCUAAACAAGAUGGACCUCACUGAUCUGUCCAACAAGCAGAUUAUCUUGAAGAAACUAGAAAAUGAGGGAGUGAGGAGCAUUCUCUUCACAGACUGUUUAAAGCAGAUUGACAGCAACGUCAAAAAGUUGGUGCCUAUGGUGCAAGAAAUAAUUGAGACCAAUCCCCGUUUUAACAGAGAGGAGAACAGAGAUUUUUGCCUGAUGGUGAUUGGAGUGCCCAACGUGGGGAAGUCGUCACUGAUUAACUCGCUGAGGAGAACAAAUUUAAAAAAAGGUCGAGCAUCUCGAGUCGGUGGGGAGCCGGGAAUAACCAGAUCUGUCCUGACUAAAAUUCAGGUGUGUUCGAGACCCAUGAUGUAUCUGCUGGACACUCCGGGAGUGUUGCCUCCUAAGAUUCAGAAUAUAGAGACCGGCAUGAAGCUGGCUUUAUGUGGAACUAUACUGGACCAUUUAGUGGGUGAAGAUGUUAUCGCUGACUACCUUCUCUAUUCUCUGAACAGGCUUGGCAAGUUUGGUUACGUAGAGAAAUAUGACCUCCAAGAGCCGAGCGACGACAUCCAGCAUGUCCUUAAACGCAUCGCCGUAAAACUAGGAAAGACUCAGAAGGUCAAAGCUUUCACUGGAGUGGGAAACGUCAGAGUCACCAUCCCGAACUACACAGCAGCAGCUUACGAUUUUAUCAGAGCGUUUAGGAGAGGAGAGCUGGGGCGAGUAAUGCUGGACUGAUAUGAGCCAUUUUUAAAAUUUCAGGUGUUCUCAAAUAA